CCCUAGCUUGAAAAGCGCGGUCACACUGCAAGUCAGAACUCAAGUGAUUUUCGUCGCGAAAGAAAGAUAUUAAAUCACGGGAAGCAUAAUAAUAAUUAUCCCAUCCUUGGGGACAAAAGUGACAGUGCUGUUGUAGGUGUAGUAGUUUAGGGCACAAGCAUUUGGGUGGUACCACAAAAAAAAAAAAAAUCCAAUUGGGACGUGGAACUGUGCGUUCCUUAAUAACUAUGUGACAACAGAAUAGCAAAGCGAAAACAAAUUGUGAAGUUACUUCCUGAAUUACAAAAAAUAUUGAUGUGAUGCAAUAGAAUAACGAGAGCCACAUUGAAGCAAGCAACUUGGACAGUAUUCAGACGACUUUAUAUAUUUUAUAUAUCCGUAAACAGUAUACGCUUACGCUUAGCAAAACUUAGUGGGUCAAAGUUUGCACUCAUAGUCAGCCAGCCCCUAAAUAUACUUCCAAUAAUCGUAGCCCUCAAAUGGAUACUUUUUGAUUUAAUAUAGGAUGCUGCCCAGCCUGGAUACCUUAAUGCGUUGCUCGAAGAGAGUUCUGCAAUCGCCGCUGGAGGCGGCCGCCAGUCAGAUGCGGAAUGGCCACAGCAAGUCGGCUGCCGGGGGCAUCUACGGCCCCUUUACGCCGGACAACGAUCUCAGCUGCUCCGGUCGUGGCGAUUGUGUGAAUAACACCUGCGUCUGCGACAUUCGGUACGCGGGUAAUGAGUGCGACAUCUUCAAUCUGCCCUACUACAUUGGAAUCUCCACCGUCUUCUAUGUGGUGGCCCUCGUCUCUGUCAUCCAGCUGCUCAUCUGCAUUGUGGCCGAGUACCAGCGGCUCAAGCAACCCUCCAUUCUCCGCGCCUGUCGCAUCACCACCCAGAAAUUGCUCUACUUCAUGGUCUUUGUGGCAGCCUCUUUGCGAGGUGCCUACUUCACCACUCCCUUGGAUCUGCAGCCACAAUGGGCCGUAACACUGAUGUCCGCCUACUACCCAUUGCUCAUGACCUGCGCCUCCCUGAUUGUCUGCAUGUGGGCCGAGAUCUUUCACCUGCGCGACAUCCGUUGGGAGAAGUCGCAGUUCUUGUCGAAAAGCUUCCUUGGCUUCGUAGCCUUUAACUUCUUCCUGUACAGCCUCUUUGGCAUCGAGGUUUUCAACUCCCUGAUUAACUCGGAGCGUCGUGACUACGCCCACAUCUUCAACGGAUGUUAUGCAGUAUUACUCCUGAUCGUGGUAGUCUUCUUCCUCAUCUACGGCGUCGAGGUGUUCUUCAAGCUGCGAGGCGGCUUCGUCUACGAUCAAACGGGUAAGAUCCUGGGACCCAGCGAGGCCAUUGUGAAUGCUUCCCAGUUGCAUCAGUCGCGAUUCGGACUGCUUAGUCAAGCCGUAAUGCUUAUUGUGAUCGUGGGCUUUCUUACAUCCGAAACUUUGGGCGACUUCUGGAAGGAAAAGGUUCCUGUUAACUCCCGCAACUGGCAUGACAUCAUUUUCCGCAUUGCCGAGAUCGGAGUGGCCCUGUGGUUUCCCUGCUGCCUUUGGAACUCGAUGGCUCCUGAACAGCUCUGGAUUUUAAAUCCUCGCAAGCUUCUUUCCCGCCAAAUCGAUCCAUCGAUACCAACUUUAAAUGCCGACACCAACAAGUUGUCGCCCGAAGAGGGGCAGUCGUUUUUGACCAAGAAGGAUUGUUGGAUUUGCUAUGACACCGAUAAGCCAGAGCCCCUCAUCCAACCCUGUCGUUGCACUGGCGAUGUCAGCUCGGUACACCACGAGUGCCUCAAGCGCUGGCUGGUGGAGAGCUGCAGCAACUCGGAGGCCCAAUUGUCCUGCAAGGUUUGCGGACAUCCGUACGAGAUCGAGAAGUCAAAAAAACUCGAAUGGGACAAGGGCUUCACCAUCCAGCAUUGGUCCAAGACAGUUAUAUUAAUCACCCUGAUGUGCGUGACCGGAGCCACCGCAUGGGUGGUCAUUCAGAUGUACGUCGAUCCGCUAGUACGAGUAAUGACAGUCGGCAUCGCCGUUCUCAUUGGCUAUGUGUGCGUCAAGUGUCUCGGCGAGAAUACCGUCGUGGCCUAUCAGCGGGCCAAAGUAAGCUCGAUUAAUAUCGUGACCAGCUCGGAGAUGGAGAAGCUGCACACCAUUUGCGAAGAGGUCAGUGCCAGCACUUCGGCAGCAGCGGGUCGAACAGGAGCGGCCUCCUAAGAUGCUAAGGGACGAUCGCUCAAGGAGACACACAUCACUUACUUACCUAGUUUAGCAUGCGUUUUGCACAGAUUUUGCUCAAUGCUCAAUUAUUAGUUUACACAUCACACGUGGGGCGGGUCCUAGCACCUACCUCCCUAUCCUCAACUGUGUACAUAGGUUUAACACUUAGUGAGUAGCAAGAAAAGUAGCGAAGAGCGUUUCGAUUAGCGAGUCAAUUUUGUCUCUCAAAUUAUCAUGCCGAUUUCCAAAAGCGAAGUGUAUUAAAAGAAGCCAAAUAUUAUGUAGUUUAAGCGUAGGUCAGUAUCAACUGCAAAACCGAAACAGAAAGAAACGAGAAAAUCCUGAGAUUAUGAUUAUGAACGCGUUGCCAAGUAGCCUGAAGAGCGAAGAAGCAAAACAUAAAGCUUCAAUGCACCAGUGAAUCAGCCAGUGCUGGCUGAUCUAUAGUUUUUAGUUUUCUUUUUUUAAAACUAAUUUAUGAAAGCAUUUUGAUUUCCUCCAUUUCAUAUUCGGUUUCAUCUAUGGAUGCAUACACAAUAACAAGCAAAAAUGAGUACUUGGCGAAUAUUAAAUUAAGCAAAUAAGUUUUUACAUUGUAUUUGUAUUAAAUCUUAAGUUAACUCUUUAAGAUUCUUAUUUAUAUAAUAAGUUACGCCCAUAUAUACAUACAAAUAUAUAUAAUAUAUAUAUAUAUAUACAUUUUAUUGUAGUUGCUACACAAAAUUUGUCAAAGCAAAGAAAAACAAAACAAAAACCACAAAAGAAACAAAAAUCCAACAUAUAACUUAAGUUACCAUAACAUUUUUGUGAUAAAACAAACAAAUAAAAUACAAUUUAUAAAACUCAAA